UUCUGGAACACCAAGCACAUUUUUGCUUGCACAUAAGAACAGACAACUUCGAAUGGCUGUAGAUGAUAGUUGGGGAAUGAUUUCAAAAAUUUGUACUGAACUUCAAUCAGGAUUUAUGUUAAUGCUUAUGGGAGAGAGUAAUCAAAGAAGCCACGAGGCUUAUAUGUCUGUUGUUAAUGCCCUAGAAAUUCCAUUAAUUAAUUGGGAAUUAUCCCCUCAUGCAUUUUUGCCAAACACGCCAAACAAUUUUGAGGCAAGUAUAAAACCUCCAAAUGCCCAAUUAUUGGCUGAUUUAUUGUUAAUGAAAGGAUGGAAUAAUUUUGUUUAUUUUCAUGAUUCUGAUAUUUCUAAUAGAGCACAAAAUCUUCGAAUGAUUUAUUUACAUUUAAAUGGAAGAACAAAUAAUUCUAUUAGUUCAGAAAUGUUACAAUUACCAAAAGAUGUUGAACAAUUUGGGGAAUUUUUAAGACAAUUUAAUUUAAAACGUUUUAAAUUAAAUUUAACAGAAAAUAUUAUUUUGGAUACGAAAAAUAAUUAUAGACAACAACAAUUAUUACAAGCAAUACGUUCAGCACAAUUUAAUCAACAAAAAUAUAAUUAUGUUGUAGCUAAUUAUGAUUUUUUGGGUAAUAUAAACAUCACUGGUUUUCAAAUAAUCGAAAGAGAAAAUCGAGAAUUUGCUUUACUUAAAAGACAAAUUGAAUUGGCAAUAAAAGAAUUAAAUGAAAAGCCGGAUUUGGAUUUGGAAACAAGACUAGCAUUUGUGCAUGAUGCUGUUCUUGUAGCUAAAGCAGCAUUAGAGGCAACUUUACGUAAAAACGAUUCCCUUUUUAGAAAAAAUUUUCGUCAUGGAGAGCUUUACAAUAAAGUUUGGAUUUUUAAUUUUAAAUUAAAUUUUUUAAAGAAUUUUCCUGGAAUUUAUUGUUAUCCAAGUAUGGAUAAACAAAAUUCAAAUAGACCAUUUUUGACAUUUGAACAUGGACGUUUAAUUUCUAAAGCAAUUACGAGUUUAAAAUUGAGUGGAUCUACUUCGGGUACUUUAAGUGGACAAGUCGAAUUUGAUCGUGAUGGGGUACGCAAAAAUUUUUUGGUAACAGUAAUUGAUUUGACAUCCGAUACAAAAUCUGCAUUCAACAAAAAAGAACUUCUUAUUUGGAGACAUUCAACAGGAUUUUUAAAAGACCGAACAGAAGCACAUUGGCGACAACAAACACAGAAUUCUCGUUCUGGUCAAUCUGAGGGGGGACCUAAAAAGAUUGUUAGAGUUGUUACUGUAAGGAGUGAUCCUUUUGUUAUGUUAAAAAGGGAAUGUGAUCCGGCAAAAGGUGGAAAUCAGAAUGUGAGUGAAUGCAAAGGAAAUAAUAAAUUUGAAGGAUAUUGUAUUGACUUGUUAAAUCUUUUACAUGAACGUAAUGAAGAAUUUAAUUUUGAAAUAUUUAUAUCAAGAAAUAACCAAUAUGGGGCUAGACAGCCUGAUGGAAGUUGGGAUGGAAUUAUUGGACACCUCCUUAGGGGAGAAGCCGAUGUUUCGGUUGCUUCAUUAACAAUUAAUCAAGACAGAGAAAGAGUUGUGGAUUUUUCUAAACCUUUUUUAACUACAGGAAUUAGUAUAAUGAUUAAAAAGCCUGACAAACAAGAAUUUUCUGUUUUUUCCUUCAUGGCACCUUUAAGUAGCGAAAUUUGGAUGUAUAUAAUAUUUGCUUAUGUUGGGGUUUCUGUUGUUAUUUUUUUGGUUUCUCGUUUUUCUCCAUAUGAAUGGAGAGUAGAGGAAAUGGCUAAUGGAGGGUUUACAAUAUCCAAUGAUUUUUCGGUUUAUAAUUGUAUGUGGUUUACUUUGGCUGCUUUUAUGCAACAAGGGACUGAUAUAUUACCUAGAUCUAUUAGUGGACGUAUUGCUUCAAGCGCUUGGUGGUAUGUGGCGCCAAUUGAGAGUGUUGAAGAUUUAGCCAAACAAACAAAAAUAAAAUAUGGAAUACAAGCUGGUGGAUCAACUGCACAAUUUUUUAAGGUUCCCUCGGUUUUUGUUAAUUCUUAUGCUGAAGGGAUUGAACGUGUUCGUACACACAAAGGGCGAUAUGCCUUUCUUUUAGAGGCAACUGCAAAUGAAUAUGCAAAUACACGAAAACCUUGUGAUACAAUGAAAGUUGGGGCUAAUUUAAAUAGUGUUGGGUAUGGGGUUGCUACACCUUUUGGAAGUGAAUGGAAGGAUGUAAUUAAUUUAGCAAUUUUGGCCUUACAAGAAUUGGGGGAACUUAAAAAACUUGAAAAUAAAUGGUGGUAUGAUAGAGGACAGUGUGAUCAAGGAAUUACAGAUGGGUCUUCUGCAAGUUUAAAUUUAAGUAAAGUAGCUGGAAUAUUUUAUAUUUUAAUGGCUGGAAUGAUAGCUUCUAUGAUAGCUGCUUUGGGGGAAUUUCUUUAUCGUUCAAGAAUUGAAGCAAGAAAAGGGCAAAUUACUUCUAUGCAAAAUCUUCGUGACUCUCUCUGUGACCAACUUAAACUUUCUUUACAAGGAAAUGCUUUAAUUAAAGAUGGUUCUGCCCACGAAAUGUUAAAGAAACAAAAAAUUUCUUCUUUACUCCCCGCGAAUUAUUCAGAUCCAGGUCUACAGCCAUUUACUGGAGCUGGAUUAACCCCAAUAAAUCCUCGUCAAGUACCCCCACCCUAUUCAAAUAAAAAUUCGGUUGUUGAUCAGAGAAAGAAUAAUUCGGGACAUCGACAGAAAAUUCAAAGGCCAUACAAUACGGCUGUUUGA